AUGUCUCAACCAAACGGCGCACAGGCAGCACCUCGCUGCAACCACGAAGACAAAGUCGUCACAUCGACGACCACGCUCGUCCGCUUCCGCUGCGGAUCUUGCGACGCCGCAAACCUCACUCGCAUCAACGAGUGCGUCAAAUGCAAGCGCAAGCUCUGCGCUCGUUGCAAGGACUCGGCCGGGCAAGGUGGCACUGCCAGUGGCACUGCCGGCAACUAG